AUGUCGACCCAGACCGUCCGUGUUGCAGUUACCCAGGCCGAGCCAGCGUGGCUAGAUCUCGCAGCUGGGGUGGCAAAAACGUGUGAAUUAAUCACGGAGGCCGCAAAGAACGGCGCUAAGUUGAUCGCCUUUCCCGAGUGCUGGAUACCCGGGUAUCCAUGCUGGAUCUGGACCCGGCUCCUCGAUGUUGAGCUCAAUGUGGCUUAUAUCAAGAACUCGAUCCGCCUUGAUUCUCCUGAGAUGAAGCAGAUUCAGCUUUGCGCAGAUACCAACGCGAUUGCAGUAUCUUUAGGUUUCUCGGAAAACUCCAAUGACUCUAUAUAUAUCGCUCAAGUGAUGAUCGGGCCUGAUGGGGAGGUCAAGGCCCAUCGCCGUAAGAUGAAGCCCACGCACAUGGAACGUACCAUCUUCGGUGAUGCUUCAGGAGAGUGCUUUGCAAGUGUUGUGCAGCUUCCAUUUGCACGAGUCGGUGCCUUAUCUUGCUGGGAGCAUAUUCAGCCUCUGUUGAAAUACCACACCUUAUCUCAGCAGGAGGAUAUCCAUGUCGCCGCAUGGCCAAGUCUCACGCCUCAUAGUGGCGGCUCGGAUUUGUGGUCUAUGUCAGCAGAAGGUUGUUCGAGUCUUUCUCAAACUUACGCGAUCGAGUCUCAAAGUUUUGUGCUCCAUUGCACGGCUCUCAUUACGCAAAAUGGUAUUGACAGAAUGAACACUUCUGGGGGAGCAAUGAUGUCCUCGCCUGGUGGGGGUAGCUCGGCGGUCUUUGGACCAGAUGGUAGAAGGUUGACAGAGUCAGUGGAUAGUACAACUGAGAAAAUCAUCUAUGCUGAUUUGGAUAUGGAUCAAAUUGUGGCGACGAAAAUGUUCGCAGAUGCCACUGGGCAUUAUAGUCGUCCAGACUUGAUGUCGCUUCAUGUGUGUAAGCGAGUCAAGAAAAUGGUUCACGAUGAAGAGGCAGUGGAUGUUAAGGGGAGUACCAAACAACCUGUUGAGGAUGAGCAAUAA